UGCAAUCUCAUGAGACGUUUACAUAUGACUCUUCAAUGAUGAUUAUCAUUUUCUUUGCAAUCAUUCACACAUUGCAAGCUAUAUGCAUUUGCGUAUAUAUAUGAACACAAGAGAAAAAAAUGAGAUGAAGUUCAUCUUGACAAAAACAAAUUUUUUGUUCCCCGGUCUAUGCCGAUUUUUUCUCCCUCAUUUCAUUCCCUAUUUGUUUUUUCAUUGCAUUGGAUAUGUACGGGAUAAGCAUUGGCGGUUUUUUUCAAUGAUAGAUUCACGAAACUGUAUUUAAGUCGUUGUUUUAUGAGCCAUCUUCAUCAUUCAACAUUUUGAACACCCUCAACUCUAGUAAAUCUCUGGAUACAGCAGUGAAUCUAUACGAUCAUCGUUAAUUAUAAAAACGUUUAUUUUUUUGUCAAAGAAAUAAUAUAUUAUUAUUUGCAUCUUGUUAAGUCCUUGUUUGUUGAAUUAUCACUAUUUUUCGAAUUCAAUCUGAUUUUUUCUUUAUCAAUACAAACUGAUUGUUGUUGUUAUCCUUAUUUGCGAUAUCAAAAGAUAUUUUUGCCAACAAAUAAAAAUCAUUCCGAAUUAUUUUGGUGAAAUUCCAACAUUUGGAAAUCAUUUGAUCAAAAAAAAAAAAAAAAAAAAAAAUUUAGUGUCACCGUCCUGUAUAUCGCUGUGAAAAUAUAUGUUGGCCAUCAUUAUCAUCAAGCAUCAUCUUUCACAGUUAUUAUUAUUAUUAUUAUUGUUGUUGUCAUUUUGAAGAAAUCCCCAAUAAUUAAUGUUUUUAAUGUUGCAUCAAAUUUCUUAUCACUCUAUUUACAACGGUUAUCAUCGUGCCACGAAUCUAUCGAAUUGUGCCAAUAGCAAUAAUAAUAAUAAUAAUAAUCAUUAUAAUUGUGACAAUAAUAAAACUUGAUAUUUAUCCUGUUCACGGAUUAUCGGCAUUCAUUCAUUCAUUCAUUUUGUUUGGUUAAAUUCAAUUUUGACCAAUUUUUAAGUUAUUGGGUCCAAAUUCAUCAUAAUCGAAAUAAUGACUGACAAACUUUUUUCAGAAGAUUCUUGUGAUUCGGAUGCUGAAUUACUGAAUAAUCUGCCAUUGAAUGGUGGUUUAACGAAUGGUAAAACAAAAAAUCGUCAACGGCGAUUAAGCCUGAAUCUAGCUCAAACGAUACCACAACAGAAACUCAUUGACCCUUCAUUCGAACCGAAAGUAUUGCGCAAAAAUAAAUCAAUUGCCCGAAUAGAAUCUUAUGGUACAUUGGCCGAAGAAAGCAAAGUUUUGGUUAUCUACACAGGUGGAACUAUCGGCAUGGUCAAAAAUGGUUCUGGAGUUUAUGAACCACGUCCCGGAGCUUUUACACAAGUGUUGAAAAAAUAUCCCCAAUUACAUGAUUCUGAAUAUUUUGAAAAAAGUUGGCUAUUACCAGAUUCAGAACAUUUGCUAGUUUUACCUGAUACCGGAGAGAAGAAACGAGUAAUUUACACCAUUUUUGAAUAUGAUCCAUUACUGGAUUCAUCGAACAUGACCAUCGAUGAUUGGGUUUUGAUUGCACAAAAUAUUAAGAAAGAAUACCAUCGAUUCAAUGGCUUUGUCAUACUACAUGGUACUGAUACAAUGGCAUACACAGCUUCGGCUUUAUCAUUCAUGUUGGAAAAUUUGGGCAAAACAGUUGUCAUUACUGGAUCACAGAUUCCGCUUUUCGAAGCUCGUAGUGAUGCCAAAGAAAAUUUGCUAAAUUCGUUGAUAAUUGCUGGCAAUUAUUCUAUACCUGAAGUGGCCAUACUUUUCAACAAUAAAUUAUUCAGAGGCAAUCGAACCUCGAAAAUAAGCGCCUCAAAAUUGGACGCUUUUAAUUCUCCCAACAUGUCACCUCUAGUCAAUAUUGGCAUCAAAAUUGAUGUUGAUUGGAACAAUGUUUAUAGACCUUCAACAAUUGCAAAAGUACAUGUUCAUUCAAAACUUAAUCGUAAUGUAACUUUAUUACGAUUAUUUCCUAGCAUCACAGUCGAAACGAUUCGAGUCUUUCUACGAGAACCUAUAGAGGGUGUGGUGCUACAAACAUAUGGAGCCGGAAAUGCUCCUUCCAAUCGCAAGGAUAUCUUGAAUGAAUUUCGAGAAGCCACUAAAAGAGGUUUAAUUAUUGUAAAUAUAACACAAUGUCCAAAUGGAAAGGUCGAUCCAUCAUAUGAAACUGGAAACGCUCUAAUAGAAGCCGGUGUUAUACCUGGUUCAGAUAUGACUCCUGAAGCCUGUCUUGCUAAACUAUCAUACAUUCUAAGUAAAGACGAAUGGUCAUUAGAGAAAAAAAGAGAGAUGGUACGCACGAAUCUACGUGGCGAAAUGACUGUAAUUCGUGAAAGAAGAGUCGAAGAUGUCAGCCUUGUUCAGGCAAUCGCAAGCACGCUGAAAGUUUCAACAUCCGAUGAAAUCGAAAAACUGCGUUCAGCACUAUAUCCAGCGAUUGUCUGUGCUAUCACUGCCCGUGGCGAUGUCGAGAGUUUGAUUCAGCUUAAAAAGAAUGGCAUCGAUUUAUGUGCUUGCGAUUAUGAUAUGCGUACACCAUUGCAUAUAGCCGUCAGCCAUGGUCAUAAAGAUGUGGUUAAAUAUCUUCUAUUCGAAGGUGUCAACGUACAUGCUAAAGAUAAAAACAAUGAAACUCCAUUGCAUUUGGCCAUAAAAAAUCAACAACAUGAAAUUAUUAAAAUGUUGAUUGAAGCUGGUGCCUCUUUGGACCUUCCCAAGAAUCGAAUCGGUGAUCUUAUUACAAAUGCUGCAGCAAAUGGAAAAUUACAACUUUUAAGAUCAUUACGAUUGGCGGGAGCAACAUUAGAAGAGAAGGACACGUUCGGUCGUCAAUGUAUACAUGCUGCAACUGAAAGAAAUCAAUUGGAAAUUAUCGAUUAUCUAGUGAACGUUAUCAAUGUUAAUCGACAUAAAACAGAUUUAUAUGGUCGUACUGCCAAAGAUAUUGCCCAAUUCUUUGGUUAUAAACAUAUUCUACACAUAUUGGAAACAAGAAAUUUUCAAAAGAAUUUCUGUUGAUUUUACUUGUAUAUAUUUUUUCCUCUUCAAUAUGUUAAUAAUUGUUUUAAUUAAUUUUUUG